CAACAAGCAGGAGGAGACGUUCAGCUGCAACGUGAACACUUUGGUUGAUAUUACAUACUUGACAAAUUCGGUUUUGACUUAUAUUGCUGUCCUUUUUUUUUUUUUUUUUUUUUUUUUUUUUUUUUUUGCGGUGUAAUAAUAAAGUAGUCACCGGGAUGUCUCAGUUAGAGCGGGCCGAGUCGCAGCUGGCAGAGCUGGAGCUGCUGUCCAGCAUGUUCCCCAGCCAGGGGGAGUUUGAGCUCACAGACCCGGUGGCCGUGGCCGAGCUCCGGGGCUUCGUGGAGGGCAGCGCCGACAGCCCCCCUCCCUGCAGACCCCGGUUCCUCUUAAAGCAGAAGGUGGAGGCUGCAACCACGGAGGGGGUGGAUGUCACUUUGUCGUGCGCGUAUCCGUCGGAGUAUCCCUGUGUCCUCCCGGAGAUAACGGUCCGAUGUGCUGAUCUCAGCAGAGCCCAGCAGACACAGCUCCACGCCGACCUGAACACACACCUGACGGAAAACUGCCGAGGGGAGGUGUGUGUACUCUCUGCAGUGGAGUGGGUGAAGGACAACUCGCACCUCUACAUCAGCAGGAGCGCAUCGUCUGCAGCACUGCCCUCUAAGAAAGAGUCCGCCUCUCCACGGCCACCGGAGCUGUUCAGCCGCCUAUGGAUCUACAGUCACCACAUCUAUAACAAGACCAAGAGGAAGAAUAUCUUAGAGUGGUCCAAGGAGCUGGGUCUGACCGGCUUCAGCAUGCCUGGAAAGCCUGGGAUCGUGUGUGUGGAAGGCCCUCAAAGUGCCUGUGAGGAGUUCUGGUCCAGAGUGAAGGUUCUGACAUGGAAGAAGAUCAUGAUUCGACAUAGAGAGGAUAUUCCCCUUGAUCAUCAGGGCAUGGACAGCAGCGCUGUUGAAAGUAUGGACUCCCUGCGCAAAUUCACAAGCUUUGAAGAGGCGAUGUUUGACCCCCAUGGGAACAGAGGCAAUCACAUGGACCUUGGGCUGCUCUACCAGUUCUUAAAUGAGAAAGGCUGUUGUGAUGUCUUUCAGAUAUAUUUUGGCAUUGAGGGGAGGUAGGAGUUAGACCCUAAAGAAUUAUGAUAUGGAAGUAUUUCCCUGGCAAAGUAGCAUUAAUAGGCUGCUCCUUGGAGAGCAUUCUCAAGGACUGCAGUGCUAAUGGCUUCCCUAGUUUGAUUUGUGAUUUUAAUAAUAUGUGCCACCCCAUCACCUUGCCUUAGGUGGGUUUUUUUUCCUGAAAUGGCUGCACUGCAAAUCAUCUCCUAGCAAAUGUAGGAUUUUCAAGUCUGGCACCAAAUUAAUAAUUGGGCAAGAUGGUCAACAAUAUGCCACAUCCUGAGGUAAAAGAUUUCGUUUUAAUGAUUUAAAGAAAUACAUCUUCACAGUUAGCAUCCCUCAGAUUUGUCUCAGAGGGAUUAACUGCUGAUUAGACUGUUAUUAGACAAGAAGUAUGUUGUCAGUCGGCAUGGAUUUUAAUCAUAGUCCAUCUAAGGCCAAAGUGGAACUAUAAAACACAUUAAUUUAGUGGAUUUUGUAUGGAGUUUUCCCUUCAACGUUCAGUGUGAUCAUAUUAAAAAUCUGAUUAUUUAUGCUCAUUUUGUUGAUGUAUUUAUAAGUAAAAUACACUGCAUAUAUAAACAGAUAUGUAUCUUUUAUAGGCCAAUAUCAGCUGAUACUGUGGUGCUACAUACACACCAUACAGGACAUACACUCAGCCGGUCCCAAAUUAAUAAUGCAAAUUAUAAAUGACGGGACUUUAUUAGAUUGCCGUUUUGAGAUAACAAAAUCAAAAUCUUUAUUUUCCAAGGUUCUUGACACUGGGACCCUAGAUGUAAACUAGGAAUGAUUUAAAGGAAAUUACAGGGGUUCAACAUUUGAGCUAUAAUGACCUUAUUUACAGCCAUUGCAGUGAAGUUACUUGCUAAAGUGUUGUUGUGUCUAUGUUGGCCACCAGGUGGCAGCAUUACACCAUCCAAGGCAGGACAUAGAAACACUUUGUGACAAUUAUGGCAUUGUUGAAGAAUUUAUGUAGUAUUUUGCAAUGUAAAUUUUGAUAAAGAAUCUAUUCAAACCCCAUAAAAAAGGCUGAUCAUAAAUU